AGAAUAUUGGACACGCAUGCGUUCCAAUGAUCGUCAAGCGUUUACAACACCAUGCGAACCUUCACAAGCUGCACGGCGCAGUACCAAAGUCGUGCAUCAAGCAAUGAAUUGGCGGAUGCUCCCGUAUACCGAGCAGGGUGGGAGUGGCACCGAGAUCACGGGCAGCUCUGGGAACAUGAGAAAUGUGACAAGACCUGUGGUCGACGACCAUCUAGCUCUCUAGAUGGAUCCUCCCUAAGAAUGGCUCGCGUCUUAGACACGGAGCGGACUUGAGGAUCGGCAUCAUGAUGAAAGCUGCGGGUGUUAUACUGCAGUAGCACGGUGGU